GCUGCUAUUGUGAACCGAGACACAAGUGACCAAGUGAAAAAGCCGCUCCCGAAAUGGCGGAUACACCCGAGAAAAUCCAAAAGAUCGAUUACAUGGAGGAGAAGAUCCACAUCCCCCUUACAGAAAAGUCCGGGUUCAGCUUCAAAAAGCUAUGGGCGUUCGCGGGUCCCGGGUUCCUCAUGUCAAUCGCGUUCCUGGAUCCCGGCAAUAUCGAGAGCGAUCUCCAGUGCGGUACCAUAGUGGAGUACCGUCUGCUGUGGUUACUGCUAUCGGCCACGGUCCUGGGUUUGCUGAUGCAACGUUUGUCGGCUAGACUGGGCGUCGUCACGGGUGUUCACAUGGCCGAGCUGUGCUACAGACAGUACAAGACUGUACCGAGGAUCCUUCUGUGGCUCAUGAUGGAGCUCGCGAUCAUAGGAUCUGACAUGCAAGAGGUUAUAGGCACUGCCAUUGCCAUUUUCCUCUUAUCGGACAAAAGGGUACCUCUCUGGGUGGGAGUACUGGUUACGAUUCUGGAUACCUUUACUUUCCUGUUCCUGGAUAAGUAUGGCCUGAGGAAACUCGAAGCGUUCUUCGUGUUCCUCAUCGGCGUGAUGACGGUGACCUUCGGUUACGAAUAUAUCGCGUCGAAACCCGACAGUUUGCAGAUCACCAAAGGGAUGUUUUACCCUUGGUGCGAGGGAUGCGACGACAGGGCCGUGCUCCAAGCGGUCGGUAUCAUAGGUGCCAUCAUAAUGCCACACAAUUUCUACUUGCAUUCGGCUCUGGUAAAGUCGAGGGAGGUCGAUCGCAAGAGAAAAGACAAAGUGCGCGAGGCCAACUUUUAUUACUUCGUCGAAUGCUCGAUCGCCAUUUUGGUCAGUUUGUUCAUCAACGUGUUCGUUUUGGCAGUGUUCGCGCACGGACUCUAUUCGAAAACCAAUAAGGAAGUGCACGAUCUGUGCGCGAACCAUCCGUCCAUGGACGCGUCCGUGUUUCCCGUAGACGCGGACAACGCGGACCAACUCGUCGAUUCGGACAUCUACAACGGGGGCAUCUUUUUGGGCUGCGCUUACGGACCACCGGCCAUGUACAUCUGGGCGAUCGGCAUAUUAGCAGCGGGUCAAAGUUCAACCAUGACAGGCACUUACGCCGGCCAGUUCGUUAUGGAGGGUUUCCUCAAUCUCAAAUGGGCGAGAUGGAAGCGUGUCCUCUUCACCAGAAGUCUCGCCAUCAUACCCACGUUUUGCGUGGCGUUUUUCACCAACAUCGACGACCUAACUAAUUUUAACGACAUCUUAAACGCCGCAAUGAGCGUUCAGUUGCCGUUCGCCCUCAUCCCUCUCAUAGCGUUUACGAGCAGUACCAGAAUCAUGGGCGAGUUUGCGAACGGAAUGGGCAACAAAAUCAUGUCUAUAGCGGUUAGCGUAGGCAUAAUGGUUAUCAACACCUACUUGGUCGUGGUGCAGGUGCGGGGCUUGGCCUUGUCGCCGCCCGUCUUGGCGACCACUGUGCUAGGCGCGAGUUUUUACGUCGCGUUCUGCCUGUAUUUGAUAGGUCACAUGUUGGUUUGUAUGGGCAACGAUAGGUGGAGCGACAGCAAGUUUGCGCGAAAAUACUUCGUAGGACCCGUAGAUGCGAAUUUUGCAAUAGGAAACUAAUAGACGUACUUAUAAAUAUACGUUGUUUAUAUAAUUUAUAGUAUUCCCCCAUUUUUUCUUGACAGUCCGAUUUCUUAGAUUGACGUACGUCACACAGUGGUCGAAUUUCUAAAAAAGCUGGCUAUGGAAUGAUG